AUGGUUGAAGCCCUCACCCGCGACGAGGCCACGCCUCCAAGUGACUCUAUUAUCCUCAUCGAUAGACAGGCCCUCCACGACAUGGCCAAAGAUCAACCUUACGGCUCUCUAUUCCCCGAAAAUGGAGGGUACUACCUGAAGGACAAGGAUGACGGAGUUGUUGGUAUCGCCAGCUAUGAGCCUUGCACGGAGCUGGACGCUGCCUUUGCUAGCGCCGAAGCCAAAUAUGCCCAGGAAGAGGCUGCUGAAUCCCCGGCUCCAACUUCCUAA